AUGGACCGUAUAUCAGAAUUGCCAGAACCUAUUCUACAACACAUCCUCUCCUUCCUUCCAUUUAAACAAGUUUUUCAAUGUGCAAUAUUGGCCAAAAGAUGGAAACAUGUGUGGUCGACAUUCCCAAUUCUUCGGUUUGAUCAAACCUAUUUCAACUCGUUAUCAAAAAUCGCGAAAGGCCGGGAUGUCUGGUUGAAGAGAGGGGACUUGUACAGUUUUGUGGAGCAGAAUUUAGAGAGCCGACGAAAGCAGAGGCUUCUUGUAAAGAAUUUUACACUUAGCGACCGCUUGGGUAGACAGAAAUCAGCGUCUCGCGUUGACCGUUGGCUUAGCUUUGCACUUGAGAGUAACGUGGAAGAGCUGAAUCUUGAUUUUGAAAGGUUUGCUAGUGUAUGUUAUUGCUUGCCUCAGAGUGUUCUGCUUUCUAAAUCAUUGAGUUUGUUAAGUUUACAUCGCUGUAAGUUCGAUACAAGUAGUACUGGUGGUCUUAUAAACAUGUCCUCUUUAAGAAAAGUGUGUUUAGUUGAAGUUCAUAUGGAUAAUCAGUUUUUACAAAGCCUAGUUGUUCGGUGUCCUGCGCUAGAAGACAUGAAUUUGAAAUGGUGUUAUGGUUUGAAAGGUAUAGAAUUGUCAUGUCAUCAUGGAUUAAUGGCUGUUGGCAUUGAAGAAAAUCGUGACCUCGAGAGAGUUGAGUUGGAAGCACCAAAUCUUUGUAGUGUUCAUAUAGUUCAGACAUCAUGUGAGAUUAACCUGGUCCAUUGUAAAAAUCUUAAGAAGUUAAAGUUACAAGCAUGUAUAACAGACGAUUGGCUCAAUGACCAUCUCUCUGAACUUCCACUCAUUGAGACCUUAGAACUAAACUGUUGCUCUCUGCUGAAGAGAAUAGAGAUUUCAAGUGAUCAGCUAAAAUCAUUGGCCUUACUGGCUUGCUGGAAUCUAGUUGAAGUCAAGCUUGAUGCUCCUAAAUUAUGUAGAUUCGAUCAUUAUACUCGUUCUGUAAUAUCGUUAUCAUCAUUGAAUGCUUUGAAUCUGUCGGUAGCUACUUAUGGCAUGAUUAGUCCUGAUGUUCCUUGGAAUGUUAAGAAGAUUGAAUUCCUCUCGAAGCUGAGUAAUUCAAAGUUAUUGAGUUUGUCACUUCAGUCGGCCGAGAAUGCGAUUAUUCCAAAAAGAUUGAGAAAAACCGUGUCAUCACCAGCAUAUAAUGUCAAGCACCUGCAUUUGAUUUUAUCUUCUCCACUGUCAUUUACAAGAUAUGCAAUUGGCGAACUUGUGGAUAGCUUGCUCUGGAUUUCUCCUCUUCUGGACUUCCCUGACUAUAGAAGCCGGCUCCAUUUAUAA